UCAAAUAAAGAAAAAGGAAAAUAUUUUAAGAACUCCACAAAUAGAAUCCGAUUCCAAGUGUUCCCAUAAACCAAAUUCCCAAAACUUUCCCCUCAAACACUCUCUUUCUUUUUUCUCACUCUCUUAGUUACCUUCAUUUCCCCCUCUCUCAACCCCAACCACAGAAAGAAUAAGAAGAAGAGAGGGUUAAUGGCAAAUUGUGAUGCCGCGGAACUAACACCCGCAAAGACCACGACGGCGUUGGCAGCGGCAGAGUCUCAUCCGUAUGCUUUUCAUGUAUCUGGACCUCGAAAUGUUACUUCUCCUAAUUGGCGAGACCUCAUUAAUUCCAGUUGGAAGGAUGGGAAUUACAAAAGAACUGUUAUGGCCUGUUUUAUUCAAGCAGUUUACUUGCUUGAACUAGACAGACAAGAGAACAGAAGCAACAAAGAAAAUGCUCUAGCUCCCAAAUGGUGGAUCCCCUUCAAAUACAAGCUAGUUCAAACCUUAAUUGAUGAAAGGGAUGGAUCAAUAUUUGGUGCAAUACUAGAAUGGGAUAGGUCUGCAGCCAUGGCCGAUUUAGUACUCAUCAGACCCAGUGGUGCACCAAGGGCAGUUUUGGCCUUAAGAGGGACAUUACUCAAAAGCCCAACAAUUCGCAGGGAUAUCGAGGACGACCUUCGGUUCCUCGCUUGGGAAAGCCUAAAGGGUUCUGUCAGGUUUAAUGUAGCUUUGGAAGCUUUGAAAUCAGUUGCUGAGAGUUACGGAAGCAACAAUGUUUGUGUUGCUGGUCAUUCCUUAGGUGCUGGGUUUGCUCUACAAGUCGGAAAAGCCUUAGCUAAAGAAGGAAUUUAUGUUGAAACUCAUUUGUUCAAUCCUCCUUCUGUUUCAGUAGCUAUGAGUUUGAGAAACAUUGGAGAAAAAGCAGAAUUUGCUUGGAAGAGAAUCAAAUCAAUGAUUCCUUCAGGGAGUGAAACAACAGAGAACAGCAGCAAUAUUGAAGAAGAAAAAUCAUAUGGAGUAACUGGUUUAAAGAGCUGGGUAUCGAAUCUAAACAGAUUAAAGAAUCCUGGGGUGGGAAUUGGGAAAUGGGUUCCUCAUUUAUAUGUAAAUAAUAGUGAUUAUAUAUGCUGUUCAUAUACUGAAAAAUCAGAUCAAGUAGAGAAAAGUAAUGAAGGGAAAGAGAAUGUUAAUACCACAAAUGGGAGAGCAGUAGCGGCGGCGGCAGCAGCAAAGUUGUUUGUAAUGUCAAAAGGAAAGCAGAAGUUUCUUGAAGCUCAUGGAUUGGAACAAUGGUGGUCUGAUGAUUUGCAGCUUCAGUUAGCUCUCCAUGACAGCAAGCUCAUAAGCAGGCAGCUUAAGUCCCUGUACACCAUUUCAGCACCACAAUCAAACACAGGGAAAUCCUAGUAGGUGAAUUCUGUGGCUAAAUAACUCGUUUUCGACUUUGGGAUACGUCGGUAUAGUUCUUCUGAUGUCAUGUCUCAUGUCUGUUGCUUCAUUCAGAUUGUGUUUGACGUGAAUAUACGAGGUAUACUCGUUUUCUACUCUGUUUGGUUGAUCAAAUCAACUUUACAGUUAAUGACAUAAACUUGACAGAUAUCCAUCAUAAUGAAAUUAACUUCUAGAUAUUUUCAACUGAGAAAUGCAAUGUUGAACCAAUUGCGGAGAGAGUUCACUAGCUAGAGUUUUCCUUUUGUGAAUUUCAUACGAAUGGAACCACAUGUAAUCUCUAUGAAAAAUGCAACUAAAGUUGAACAUAAACACAACUUUUAAUGGUUGGGAAUCGAUUUUAAUUUUGUU